CUUCUGGAGGCUUCUUGAGAGAGGAGGCAUUUAUCUCCUCUCCAACUAAAAAAACCUCAGGUUUCCAGAUGUAACAAUCUUUCAGUUUAAUCUUUUCUUUUCCUUUAUAUUAAAAUAUGCAUUUUCGUGUGUUGUUAUAUUGUUUUUGAAACGAACUGCGGUAUAGAACUUGAAAAAUCAUCGCAGUUAUAAUCUGUCGACAAUUUGGUUAUUUGUUUUUGGGAUUUUGUUUUUUGGGGGCUAAAUUGAACUUUAAGUUGAGGUAAUGGCAGCCGAGGAAGAUAAAAGCGAAGAUUUUUACGCCAUUAUGGGGUUGAAGAAAGAUUGCACGACGGUAGAGCUGAGGAACGCGUACAAGAAGCUAGCAAUGAAAUGGCACCCUGAUCGCUGUUCUGCUUCUGGGAACCCAAAUUAUGUCGAGGAGGCAAAGAAAAAAUUUCAAGCUGUCCAGCAAGCCUAUUCUGUGCUCUCGGAUGCCAACAAAAGGUUUCUGUACGAUGUAGGAGUCUAUGACUGCGAUGAUGAUGAUGACGAAAACGGUAUGGGUGACUUCUUGAAUGAAAUGGCUGCAAUGAUGAGCCAGAAUAAUCAUAGUGAAAAUAAAAACGAGACCUUUGAAGAAUUGCAAGAGCUCUUUGAUGAGAUAUUCCACAAUGACACUGAGUUGUUUGGGUGUUCUUCUCGUUCGGCCACGCCUCCAACUGAGUUAUCUUCACAAGAUUCGUGCAACGAGCCUUCUUUUUCCAUCUCAAACAAGAGAAACUUAUGUGAUAUGAGCUCCACCGAUUUCGGUGUGGAAGGCAACCAGUUCCAAGGGUUCUGCUUUGGGACAAAUGGAAAUUCGGGAAAACAUCGAGCUGGGGAGAGCAGCCGGAGAAAGAAUAGAAAGAUGGGCCAGCUGUAAAUGGAGAGAUGGGCCAACGCAAAAGAUUAUAACGGGUCAGAAUGUGGUACUCGAGUGUGUCUAGAUGAAUGUUGCCCGGUUUAUUGAGCCGAAAGUUACAUUUUGUAAGUCGCUAAACAUUUACCUUACUCGGCAUUUGAGUGCUGGGCUAAGAUGGAAUAUGUACAUGGGUGAGCAAUUUCAGAAUGGUUCGUAUUCGUGUUCUUCCAUGUUCCAGUUUGAAGUUUUGAGGGGUUUGUGUUGGUGCAAUCAAGUGUAGCCUUUUAGUAAUUUUUUGUUUUUAUUUCCCUCAUUAGGUUCUUGCUUUUAUAAGAGUUGUAUUGUAUGAAGCUCCGAGCAGUUGAGAUAUUCUUUGACUUUUUAAGA